UCAACUACAUUCACACUCUCUCUCUUUCUCUUUUAAGGAGUCGCCUUCUACCCUUUCGGUUAUUAUCUCUCUUUCAUAUGAAAACAGCCAUGGCAAAAUCCUCCCAAGACAAGAAACACUUCCACUGGUCAAACAAAGUCAGCAACGAAGAUCAAGAAGAAGAAGAAGAAGCCCCUUCCUUCAAUCCUUGUCACCAGAAAGAGAAAGACUUGAACGAAUCACCAUCACCAUUAACAAGAAAGAAGUUUCAAACCCUUACAAUCGCUAGAUUCCGAACAGUUCUUACUUCACUCAGUAAAAACCGCCCAAAUUUGCUGCAUGGGUUGGGACCGAAGGUCGUCGGAACCCUAUUUGGGUCUCGCCGUGGCCAUGUCCAUUUUGCAUUUCAGAAGAACCCCACAUCCCAACCUGCUUUCUUGAUCGAGCUUCAAACUCCGAUCAGUGGUUUGGUGAAAGAAAUGGCUUCUGGGCUCGUUAGAAUUGCUCUCGAGUGUGAUAAAGAUGACGAAAAGAUCAAGAAAGUUGGGAAUUCACGAAGGCUCUUGGAAGAGGGUGUUUGGAGGACUUUCUGCAAUGGGAAGAAGUGUGGUUUUGCGACUAAAAGGGAAUGUGGAGAGAAAGAAUGGAGAGUUCUGAAAGCUGUAGAGCCGAUCUCCAUGGGAGCUGGUGUGUUGCCUGCAGGUGAUGAAGAAGAUGAAGGUGAGAUGAUGUACAUGAGGGCUAAGUUUGAGAGGGUUGUGGGGUCAAGAGAUUCAGAAGCUUUCUAUAUGAUGAAUCCAGAUAGCAAUGGAACUCCUGAACUUAGCGUCUAUUUGCUCAGAGUUUGAGACUUCAAAUUAUGAGCUUGUUUGAAGAAGCUAGAGUCUAAAGGAGAUGUUACAUCUUGGAAAUUUUCUUCUUCUUCUUCUUGAAUUUGGUUAUGCUGUCAUAGAAAAUGGUAAAAGGGUGAGUUUGUUGUAAUUUGUAGUUCUUUAAGGGUGGAAUUGGAAAUAUACAUAUAUUAAUUACAUAAUGAUUGGAGCUAUUAUGCA